AAUGUGUUGUAGAUUUUAAUGCGCCAUAAGGUUUUCAUAUAAUUUAUUGAUCCAUAUCAUAUGGAUACAUUUAUUCAGCGUUAUUACAGUGACAUCCUUAAAGGGGUCUUCUUACCGAAGCAGGUUAUCCACAGGAUUGGUGGAGUCCGACCGAUGGGGUCCAUCCCGGGAACGUUUCUAGUGUUGUUGUGUUUUUUAACUAUACUGAUUGGUUUACGUCAAUUAUGUUAAUUUUACUUCUAAUUUGUUAAUCAAAUGUUUUGGGAGUUUUUUUCUGUACACGAUUAAAAUGGUGACUGAUGUGCGUCAGGAGGUCAGCACAGGAAGUACCUCAAAUCUGCCAUCCAAGAAGGGUUUAAAAGGGGGAAAUACUGCGCAAAAUUCUGUGUGGAUCUGUUCUAUAUAACCUGAUACUGAAGGAUCAGAUCGCUUGUCCAAUGUGAUUCCUCGUAAUGACGGACGCGGCCUUGAUGGAGCCAUCAGAGGUGUAUGGGUAGAUCUCCGCCGCUCCCGCUGCUCAUAAAAGACCCUUAGGGGGAUAAAAAAAAAAGUGUAAGAGUAAGAAAUAAGUCAAAUCUUCACCAUUUUUCCCAUUUAUCUAAGUAAAUAAAACAUCAAGUGAUUGAUCCCACAUGGUGAAUGGCGCAAACGAAAGAAAAGUAAAUCAAAAUUCUGCAAUUGUGUGUUUUUUUUUUUUGGUCACAUGACAUUACAGAGAAAAAUUGAAUAAAAAUCACUCAGCAAGUCCAAUCUACACCAAAUUAGUACAAGAUAUUUUAUGGAAAAAUGAAAAGAAUCAAUAAAAAGUACAAUUGGUCCCGCAAAAAACAAGUCAUCCUGAGGAUGGAAAGAUAAAGAGUUACCGCUACUGAGAGGAAGAAACAAAAAUAGGCGGCGUCAUUAGGGGGUUAAGUGUAAUACAAACCUAAAUAUGUGACCCGCACAGGAAAACGGGGGACUCCAGACUCGCACAGUAAAAAAGGGUACCCCAGACCCGCACUAUAAAAAGGGGGAACCCCAGACCCGCACAGUAAAACGGGUGAACCCCAGACCUGCAUGAUAUAAAGGGAACCCCAGACCCGCACUGUAAAAUGGGGGACGCCAGACCCUCACUGUACUGUACUUCCCCCUCCAACUAAUCCAUUUGUCUCCUCUUCCCCUCCAGCUGAUUCAGUUGUCUCCUCUUCCCCCUCCAGUUGAUCCAUUUGUCUCCUCUUACCCUCCAGCUGAUCGUUAUCUCCUGUUCCCCCUCAAGCUGACCCAGUUCUCACCUCUAGCUGACCGUUGUCUCCUCUUCUUCUCUAGCUGACCCAGUUGUCUCCUCUUCUCCUCCAGCUGACCCAGUUGUCUCCUCUUCUCCUCCAGCUGACCCAGUUGUCUCAUCUUCCCCUCCAGCUGAUCCACUUGUCUCCUCUUCCUCUGAAUGACCCCCAAGGAUGGAGAAGGACAGGAAUGAGAUAACUAAGAGAAUAUUACACUUCACCUUGGAGAUCCUCCACCUGCUGACUGGAGAGGAUUACACCAUAGUGAAGAAGACAUGGGGGGAGUGUGUGGCCCCCAGAAGCAAUCUCCAUGAGUCAGGAGGACAGAGCAGGGCCCAGGGCCCCAUCCCAGAGCCUCCACCUCUCUCACUGAUACAUGAGAAGAAGAUCCUGGAACUUACCCACAGGAUCACUGAGCUGCUGACUGGAGAGGUUCCUAUAAGGUGUCAGGAUGUGGCGGUCUAUUUCUCCAUGGAGGAGUGGGAGUAUAUAGAAGGACACAAGGAUCUGUACCAGGACAUAGUCAUGAUGGAGGAUCACCGGCCCCUCACAUCACAAGAUUUCUCCAGUCUGAGAAGUCCCCUUCCUCUGUAUUCCCAGGACUGUCUGGAGGAGAAACAGAAUGUCCCACUGGAUCACCAGGGAGGUGACGGUGCAUUGGUGAUCGAUCUCUAUGAACCCCCAUUGGUGAACGAUAAAGACCAGACACUAGGAUCUCAUAGACCUCAUCGCCUCUUACCUACAGAUGAAGACGUGACAAGAGGAUCUCAUAGAUCUCAUCUCCUCCUAUCUACAGAUGAAAACCAGAUAACAAGAUCUCAUAGACAUCUCCUCCUACCUCCAGAUGAAGACGUGACAAGAGGAUCUAAUAGACAUCUACUACCUCCAGAUGAAGACAUGACAAAAGGAUCUAAUAGACAUCUCCUCCUACCUCCAGAUGAAGAGGUGACGGGAGGAUCUCAUAGACAUCUCCUACCGCCAGAUGAAGAUGUGACAAAAGGAUCUCAUAGACCUCAUCUCCUCCUCUCUACAGAUAAAGACCAGACAACAGGAUCUCAUAGACAUCUCCUCAUAUCUCCAGAUGAAGAUGUGACAAGAGGAUCUCAUAGACAUCUCCUACCUGCAGAUGAAAACAUGAUAAAAGGAUCUAAUAGACAUCUCCUCCUACCUCCAGAUGAAGAGGUGACAAGAGGAUCUCAUAGACAUCUCCUACCUCCAGAUGAAGACGUGACAAGAGGAUCUCAUAGACAUCUGCUACCUCCAGAUGAAGACGUGACAACAGGAUCUCAUAGACCUCAUCUCCUCCUAUCUACAGAUAAAGAUGGGACAAGAGGAUCUCAUAGACAUCUGUCUACAGAUGAAGACGUGACAAGAGGAUCUGAUAGCCAUCUCCUCCUACCUCCAGAUGAAGACGUGACGAGAGCAUCUCAUAGACAUCUCCUCCUAUCUCCACAUGAAGACAUGUCUAUAGGAUCUGAUAGACAUCUCCUACAUCCAGAUAAAGAUGUGACAAGAGGUUCUAAUAGACUUCUCUUGUCUCCCAAUGAAGACAAGACAAGAGGAUCUCAUAGACCUCAUGUCCUACCUCCUAAUUCUGGAACAGAAAAUAAGGUAUCAAGGAUUGGCCAAAAAACAACUGGACAUAGACCAGAGACAAUGUUUGCAUGUUCAGAAUGUGGUAAACGUUUUAAAAAGAAAUCUUACCUUUCCAUGCACAACAGAAUUCAUGUAGAUGAAAGGCCAUAUUCAUGUUCAGAAUGUGGGAAAUCUUUCACAAGAAAAUCUCAUCUUGUUGGACAUCAGAAAACACACACACAAGAGAAACCGUUCUCAUGCCAGGAAUGUGGGAAGUGGUUUAAGCUCAAACACCAUCUGGAGAGACAUGAGAGCAGUCACACAGGGGAGAAGCCAUAUUCAUGUCCCGAAUGUGGGAAAUGUUUUAGUCAAAAAUCCAAUAUUAUGGAACAUUUACGAAGUCACACAGGAGAGAAGCCAUACUCGUGUUCAGAUUGCAGCAAAUGCUUUAGGCAGAAAUCGGGUCUUCUCAAACAUCAGAGAGGUCACACGGGAGAGAAGCCAUAUGCAUGUUCGGAAUGCGGGAAACGCUUUAUGGUUAAAGGUCCUCUCGAGAGACACCAGAGAACUCACACAGGGGAGAGGCCGUUUUCCUGUUCAGAAUGUGAAAAAUGUUUUACCCAUAAAUCUGCUCUGGUGGAACAUCUGAGAACUCACACCGGAGAAAAAACGUUCUCAUGUCCUAAAUGCGCAAAAUGUUUUAGUCAGAAAUCAAGUGUAGUAGAACAUCUUCGAAUACACAACGGAGAGAAGCCACAUUCGUGUCCAGAAUGUGGAAAAUGUUUAACCCAUAAAUCUAGUCUUGUGGAACAUCUACGAACUCACACAGGGGAAAGGCCUUUUACAUGUACUGAGUGUGGGAAGUGUUUUACCCAGAAAUCUGGUCUUGUUAAACAUCAGAGAUUGCACACAGGGGAAAUGCCAUGUUAAUGUUCAGAUGGUGGGAAACGUGGCAGGUGUGGUCUCCAUUGUAGGACCUGAUGCCUUCUAAUGUGUAACUCAAAGGGGUAUUCUGGGAUCAGAAACUUGUAUUUGAAUAAAACAAUCGCCCCAAUAUAUAUACUUAAAUAUAAACAUAUAACUUAAUAAUAUAAUGUUAUCACUAACUGUACUGGCUUCAGUGUGUUUUUGUGUGAUUCACCCCUGGCAGGGAGUUUUGUAGUCUUCUCAUUGUCAGUGUUGUCUCCAGCCCCCUGACUCCUCUCUCUUUCCUGACAGGAAGCAGUGUUGUUGUUUGUGUUGUGUUGAUGUUGUCUUAGCAGCUCCUCCUCUCUCAUGACAGGUAGAUGUGUAGCCCCGCCCCCUUAGUGAUCUUACCACCUCUGACAUCCCCUACUGGCCACAUCACCAUCUCCCUGUGAUAUACACACAUACAUAUG